GUUCUGCAGCUCUGCACUCCUGACUUGUGCUCUGCAGCAGAAGCUCUGCUCUCUUGUUUUCCAGUCGCUGCAGGAGCCCCGGAUGGCUGGCACACCCUAUUACCCCUGAAUGGCUUUCCCCCUGGCUCUUCUCCCGUUGUAGGUGAUGACGAUGAUGGUCCGGUUCCUUAUUGGCUUCCUGCUCCCAGUAGCGCUUUUCGCUGCUCCGCCUCCCAUUAACAGGCUGGCCCUGUUCCCCGACAAGAGCGCAUGGUGCGAAGCUAAAAACAUCACCCAGAUUGUGGGGCACAGCGGCUGCGAAUCGAAGUCUAUCCAGAACAGGGCCUGCCUGGGACAGUGCUUCAGUUACAGCGUCCCCAACACGUUUCCGCAGUCUACCGAGUCUCUGGUUCACUGCGACUCUUGUAUGCCGGCCAAGUCUAUGUGGGAUGUGGUAACGCUGGAGUGCCCUGGUAACGAAGAAGUCCCACGGGUGGACAAGCUGGUGGAGAAGAUCCUGCGUUGCAGCUGUCAGGCAUGCGGGAAGGAACUGAGCCAAGAUGGAGCCAUGUUUAACGUUUAUCUGAACACGGCCGAGGAGACGCUCUCUCCUGCGGAGAACAUCGGCCGCCACCAGCAAGGGGGAGAGUCUCCCCAUAUCGCUCCGCGUGAUGGCAAGAGUGAGGAGUAACGAGGUCUUCAACCUCAAGGACUUGCUUCUCUCUCGAAGAACCUACCACAGAAUACAGCACUUUCACCCUCCCUCGGACCAGAGCCUACACCAAGUGCCACCACGGUCUACAGAACUUUCUCCGCACCGCCCAGUCCCAUUACACCUCACGUAGCUAAGGACAUUUCCGAUACACGCUCCAAGCCAGCUACCACCCCACCUAACCAGAUAAUAUUUGAACAUUGGACCUCAUAUUGUACAUCUAGCCGAGUCCACUUCUGCAGGAACAUUGCAUCUUCUCUGGUGCAGACUGAUGUACAGAACUCUGAUGUUCUGUUCUGUCAGGCGUCCGAUAACUGCACGAAAGCCGCCAGGUUUUGGUCAUUGCAGAGGUAUGAACGGGUUUCCAUGCUUCAAAGCCUUAAAAGUAUUACAGUAACUAUUAUCCCACCGGAGUUUGGACGGAGGUAUUAUAAAAAUUGAGUAUUAUCUGGGAAUAGCACGUUGAAUUCAGCCACCGGGUUCUCUCACAUUCGCUGCAUAGAUCUAAUUGCCCCACCUUCAGGGUGUUUAGAAGAAGCCCACACACAAGAAAUUCACAAGCCAAAACGUAUUAUUCCUUUCAUGAUGCCUAAGUAAUCCACUUAGCAGAAGCCGGCCAAUAAUGGCCUUUUAUGAUCUCGAGGAUCUAUGCAAUAUGGAUAUUUGAAUCUACUUUAAAGUUUCUUUCAUAGCACGGACAUUCCAGACUUCUCCGUAGGUCCUGGUAAUAAAUAGCAUCUGCCUCGGUAGAGGCGCUUGUGGCUCUCUAAUUAAUAGAAUUGCAUGAUUCCUCUUAACACAACGCGUUUCAUGUGCCCUGGAAAUGGUGACUCCGGACUCUGUGAUACAUGAAAUUAAAGAUAAAUGUCGCACUCCUUGUACCAACGUACAAAGUGUAACAGAACAACUAUGUAACGUUCCUUUUAGCAGGCCAAUGGGGAGUUGUUUUCCCUACUGCACCAAAUGGAGAAAUAUCACUGCUGUGCUCACUAUGACCCUGUCCAGUUAUAAAUAAAGUUUGUUGCCACACGGUCAGGCUGAAUGACUGCGCUCGCGAUGCUGGUCGCCGGUGUGUAACCCCGUCUCUUCAUUACUAUACAGUGUCCCUAACAUCUCCCCUUUUAAACUUGUUAUUUUUUGUAAAUAAACACAAAAUAUAAUCACA